AUGGCUUCUACAUCUGCCUCUCCUCCUCCCUUCACCUUCGCAAGCCCAGUCUCAUUCUCAUCAGAAACCCAUGAGGACGCACUCGACUUCGACUACGAAUCCUGGAUCCAACAAUCCAAGCUCGCCAACUGCUACUCGAAUAAGCGGCUGUGGAUGGAUGACGCAGAGGCAGAGGUGAUCAACAGGUACCACCAGGAGAUGAUGCUUCGAGUGGCAGACAAUCUGCCCGAGGAAGCCUAUGAACUGUCGUUGCGAGACAUCACCGAGCUGUCACUGCCUCCUCCUCCUCCUCCUCCUAGGGCCACACCCACAAGGAGUUUGCCCUGCCGGCACAAGAGUACUCCCUCUAUCUCUAUGGAGGGAGCAGGCAGCUUCAUCACUAAGCUCUUCAUGCCCUCGCCAUCAAGAGCAGCUGCUUCUUCUUCUUUUGGUGGUGGGAGGAGGAACAAGAGCUUCUCCAGUAGCUCAAUGACUGUAUCUGUGCUGCGAAAAAAGAGAGCGCCAGCCAACCAUGGUCAUUCUCGUUCCGUGGAAAAUGACACACACAGCAAUGGCUACCACGAUAGUACUAAAAGGUAG